AUUAUUUCCACAAAAUAUUUUUGAAUGAAAGUUAGCAGCAAUUAUAAAUGUAUAGUUCUGACUUCUGUGGUCAAAGUCAAACUUAAACUGUCAAACAAACAAAAGUCAGUCAAGAAUCAAGAACAAGAAUGGAUAAGAAACCGAUCAAUCGAAAUAUCGAAUAAAUUAUAGUUAUUAGUUCGGGUGCACGGUUCGGAUCGGCUUCGGGCCUCGGGGACGGGUUCAUGUUCAUGUUCAGUAACAGUAUUCAAUUAUUCAUAAUUCUAUAACGUUCUGACAUGGUUCUGACUUUCGAACAUACUCGCCCCAAUAGAUUCUCGUCCUUUUCAUUUUCAACUUCAUAGCCAAAUCCAGUCAGUGUUACAUUUUUUUUUAAUUUUUAUAGAGAAACUUGAAGUGAAUGCUCAGAGAAUACUAUUACGGCACGAAAUAGUUGUGGUGUUAAAAGAACUGACACUUUGCUUUCUUCAUUUAGUGAGUUUUCCUACUUAGUUUAAUAUAAGUGGGAAUCAAGGCUGAAGAGAAUAUUUUUUUAUUGUGCCUGCCAAAGAUUGUUCCAAUUUUUAUAUAAAAAAAAUAUAUUUUACGAUGGUUUAUCUUCUUAAUAUGAAUUUUGCAAGACUGUAAGUGAAUUGGUGCCAAUACGUUUAUUAAAAGUGCCUUGUAAGUUUUGCUUUCAAUAUGUAUUCCAACAGACGUUUAGUUGCGACCUGUGGAGUGAUUUUUUGCUGUAACAUGGCAUUGCUAGCUGUAUUUAUAAAGUAUAAUAUCGGAGAAAAAUGCUACAUUACUAUCAAUGACGACCACGAAGUUGCUUCAAUUUUACCUGACGACUUUUUGAGUAUUGGUAUCGACGCGUCCGAAAUACAAACUUAUGACAGAUUGGAUUUUACGAAGAGUAGAUUUAAGGAGUUGGCGGCAGCACUGGCUCCCGCUCGACUGCGCCUCGGGGGAACCAUGUCCGAUCGCUUGGUCUUCAGUAAAGAUGACGUACCCACAGUAUCGUGUGACCAGUGCCCAGUAACACCACAAACUGAAAUUGUGUGUGAAGCUGUUCAGGAACUAUGCAGGCAAAAAUUCCUACCAUUCUUUAUUAUGACUGGACAGAAAUGGACCCAAAUAAAUGAAUUCUGCAAGGCUACCAAGAUAAAGCUGUUAUUCCCUUUGAAUGUACUUAUCCGCAACAAUAAAGAGUGGAAUGACCGAAAUGCUAUUGAACUUUUAGAAUAUUCUAAACAUAAGAAUUACGAUAUUGAUUGGCAGCUUGGCAACGAGCCUAAUUCAUUUCGCCAUGUGUUCAACAUCAGCAUUAGUCCUAAAGAUCUAGCUCACGACUUCAAAAAGCUUCGUAGGCUUUUAAACCAUCAUGGCUACAAGAAAUCUCUGCUGGUCGGCCCUGACACCACUAGACCGCAAGAUCACAACAAAUAUUGCCUUGAAUACAUGGUAGAGUUCCUUGGCAAUAUUUCUCAUCAUGUGAACAUUAGAUCCUGGCACCAAUAUUAUUUAAACAGCAGAACUGCCAAAUUGGAAGACUUCUGGAACCCAGAAAUCUUUGAUUACCUUAAAGAACAAAUUGAAACUAUGAAAAAUCACACACAUAAUUAUAACAACAUUCCAAUGUGGCUGACUGAAACAAGUAGUUCAUAUGGUGGUGGAGCCCCAGGUUUGUCUAACUCAUAUGCAGGGUCGCCACUGUGGGUAGACAAGUUGGGACUGUCAGCAAAAUACAACAUUACAACUGUGAUACGACAAAGCUUUAUUGGGGGUAACUACAGCAUGAUCGACGAUCAACUAGAGCCACUACCGGAUUGGUGGAUUAGUGUGUUAUACAAGCGACUGGUUGGCAACAAAGUUUUGUUCCUCAGUUGCAAAUGUUCCAAAUAUCAAAGAAUUUACGCUCAUUGUGCCAACAGAAAGUACACAAAUGACACAACAGCUAUAACUAUUUAUGCUGUAAAUUUACAAAUGGAGAAAGCAAAGUUUCUUCUCAACGGUACUGCUUUUCAUGGUGGCGAUUUAAACAUUGACGAAUAUAUAAUAAGCGCACCCUCUAACAAUAGAAGAUCAAAAACUGUGCUGCUUAACGGGUGGCCUUUGUAUUACGAUGCUUCAUACCCUGAGUUGCAGCCCUAUCAUAUGAAAUAUGGUAACCAUAUAUCCAUGCCACCAUACUCUAUCGGAUUUUGGGUAGUGAAAAAUACAUCCAUAACAAUUUGUUAGUAAAUGUCAGUAAAUUGAAGACAGGUGUUAGAUUUAAAUUUAUAAUGAUUUUUAGCAGCAUUGUGCACUUUUGUUUUAGGUAAAAAAUGUUUAAAAUUUUAUCAAAAAUUCACAAGAAGGAUAAAUCGUCCAGUUUGUGUAUCAUAGCACAUAUAAUUUCAUUUAUAUUCUUUUAAUACAUUUGCAAUUUGUAAAUGCAUUCCAGUGAUACGAUGAUGCCUUUUAUUAAAAUGUUACAAUAGAGCAAAAAUAGUGAAAAGUUGACAGUUUUUGAAAUAUUUAUUUGAGAACUCUGUUUAUGUUAGAAAAAUUUGUAUUGUAUGUUAUACCUAUUCAUAUUUCUGAUUCAAAUUUAUGAUAUUGAAAAGCGACUACUUAAUGAUAGAAUCUCAAUAAUGAAAAGCCAUUUAUACAUCUCAAUAUAACUUUAAUGUCUACUUCUUACUAGGGCGUGCACAAAGGUUGUGAUCAGGGUGUGAACUAGGCCAAUUAAUCAGAUAGCACAAAACUGGAAAAUAUGUGCACAAUUGUAGAGUUCUGUCACUUCUGUCCUAAAAGGACAAAGCAACAAAGAUAACACAAAUUGAGUAGCUUAUAAACCGACUUCAAAAAAAAGGAGGAGGUUAUUAAUUUGUUGGAAUCUUUUUUCUUGUCAUUGUUUCCUGAUUGUUAAGCCCAUUGGCCUCUGAAAAUUUAAAGAUGGUCCUGGCUAUACAGGAAAUGAAAUUUUUAGGGUAAGCUGUGUUUUUGUAUUUAUAUGAUGUGCACACCCUCAGUAAAAGCUACUUUCCUCUGCUCAAUAACUUAUACCUUUGUUACUGCUGGUCUCAAGAUAUUUAAUUUUAGUAAAACUAGGUAAAAAUGUUAGAUUUGUAAGAAUAAAAUAAGUGAAGCUACGAUUCUCAGUAAUAGCUACUUUUAUAUAACUAACUACUAUUACUGCUUGCUGGUCUCGAGUUUUUUUUUUAAAUAUAUCAGAACUAAGUAGUUAAAAAUGUUAGAACUGUAUAAGAACAAUGUAAACUAAGUGCAAACCAUGAGCAUUUACUGAAAAUCAUUUACAGUAAAUGAAGGACAGACAUUAUACCUACAAUCUAUGGACUCAAUGAUUAGUGUAAUUUUCUCAGCAUACUGAAGAUUAUAUGAAAAAUUGUCAAAUAGUUUCUCCCUGCUCAGCAUUUGGAAUAACUUUUGUGUGACAUUUUUUAUUUAUGAAGUGUAAAUAUGCAGUCUAUACAGUAUAUGUCACUGCAGUAACUGCUAAUUUAUUCUUCUUAACAAAUUGGUACCUUUCUUACUGCUUGCUUUUCUCAAGGAAUUUAAUUUUAGCAGAACUAGUUAAAAAAUGUUAGAACUUUAUGAAUAGUAUAGAUCUUACUUCAUGUAUUGUUUUGGAAGACUUUAUAUUAUUACGCAGCAAACAUUGUGUUUGAUCAUUUUAUACCAAUUGCCAUCACAUUUUUUACAUUUUUAUCAUAAAAGUUGGUUCCUAAUUUCUCACUUAUCUAUAAUCUCGUGUGAUUAAAAUGUUCUUAUGCUAAUGCAAUGUACAAACAACGUGUAUUUUAGACUUUUUUUUAUAAAAAAAUUAUACAUUUAUUUAUUGUUUUUGAUAUUUUUUGUAAGCAGAAAUACAAGAACACAAUUAAAAUGAAUUUUAUUAAAUUUUGAAACUAUUUAAGUUUCAAGGUUUGCAUUUUUGUAAAUGAAAUCACAGUUAUUUAUAACAUAAAUACAUAGUUAAUAAGUAGAAUAGCAUAUAUUACGUAUAUUGUAUUGAUACAUCAUUAUUAUUAUUUAAGUUACUUUUUAAGUAUAGAACCUCACUAAUUUAUGAGAUCUUAUAUCAUACCUCAUUCUUUAUUAAUCCAAUUAAUUAUUUUUUAAAAUAAAUGCUGUCAUAUUUAAAUAUAAUGAGGUAAUAAAGGAAACGAACAGAAACUGAAAUAUGUAAUUGUAAAAAUGAUAUAAGUUUGUAUAGCAAAGGCAGCCUUAUUGCUCCAAACGAUAUCUUACAUGCUGUUGCCUGAUGAAAUGAUUUGUGGAAGCUCUUGUGAUUUAUGAAUGAACUAAUAUUAACUUUUCUCCAUAAAAUAUGUAAAAUUGGUCUUAAUAAUUCAAAGUAAACAUAUUAUAUAUAGUAGUAUAUUUUCAACAAAUUUAUUUUUGUUUACGCUUUCACUUUAAAUUAUUUGAAAUGUGUGUGUGUGUACUGUACAAUGUUGUUGGGAUCUUUUCCCCUUGCAAUAAGCAAAUACUGAUGACCUUACAGUUUAUUCGGUCAUAUGUAACGUUCUUGAGAAUUAAUAUUAUGUUUAUAUAUUGUUGACUUUAUUAUUGUUCUUAAUAGGCACUUGACAAGUCGACAAUCAACUGCCUUGCCUGGAAAGCAGUUUGUACCUACUUUAAAUGACAUUGAACUUAUAUCUAGAGUCUAGACCUUAUUAUUGUUGAUGAAAAUCUAUACUCAUUACAAUAUGAUAGCAGUAAACCAAGUAGGUACAAAUUAAAAUUUAUUGCUGCUCGCUAUUAUUUAUUUUAUAUACUCAGAGGCACAAUUAUCCACCCACUUUAAUAUGACGCGAGUAUAUUAAAGUGGGCGGAUAAUUGAGCCUCCGAGUAUAUUUUAUUGACACUUCUAUUAUAUUUUAGCUGAUAGCUUUAAUUGUAUACAUUUUGCCAAUGAGAAGAGAAAACAACUUUGUCUAGAUACCAAUAAAGGCGGAGUUGCACCAGUAACAGCUCUAUUGCUCCAUCACAAUGAAAGAGAGCAACAUUUUAGAUUCGGCCGCUAUUGGUCAACAUUUGCCUAUUUCUCUUCACGAGAUAUGUCGUUUGUUGCAUACUAGACCUACUUGUAUUAAUUUUAAGUUCUUGCUGUACUAAGAUCUGGUAAAACUUUGCUGAAAAUGCCUGCUUAAAAAUGUCUGCCUCCAACAAUAGUGGUUGUUAUUGACUGUCAGGCUUUAAUUUUAUAGCCUGACCAGACAAAUAAAAAAAACCUGAAGUGAGGGCGCCACAAAUAUUUUGAGCCAUCUGUGCAAAUGCUAAGAGGAAAUUUUAUUUAUUUAUUUACAUGAAAUAUGCCCAGAGAAACAUUACAGUUUCCCAAUUCGUUCCCCGAGCAAUCAUAAAUAGUAUCUAACUACAACAAUAAAUAUAAUAUUACAAAAAUACUAUUAAACAAACAAAAUAAAUUAAAAAUAAUCAAUUAAAAAUAAAAAAAUAAUCAAAUCAAAUAUAUUCAAAUUAAAAAAAUUAGUAGGUAGUCUCCAACAUGGCGUUUUUUUUUAAUUUUCUGGUCAGGUUUCAAGUGCCUCUUGUAGUAAGCCUAUUUCUAGUUUAAAAGUAUUUUAUUAUAGUUUUUAAUAGUCUGAAGCCAAUCACAUAAACACAUGUCAAUUCACAAGACAUUAGAAAUAGAUAUUAAGCACCACAAAACAAGAUUAAACCCAAUUGAUCUUUGACAUAUUGAUUAUGUAAGUUAGAUAUUGGGUGGACAGGUAUUUGUCUAAGUUUAUUUUUAUUGAAAUACUUACUCAACUCAAAAUUCUACUUGGUACUGUACUCUUUCUAUAUUUUAUUUACCUACUGUGUAUAAAUAAUAAUUAUAUUAUGUAAGUAUAUUGCUUUUUGCUAAUUGUGGGUGCCUACUGUAAGACUGACUAAAGUAAUCUAUACUUAUAAUAAAUCUGUAGAGAGGUCAAUUCUGUACAUGAAAUAUAUUUCCAAAAUAACUAUCAGGGGGUGAUUAGUGAUCGAUACUGAUGCCAAAAAUGCAAUCAGUAAAAUUUUUGUCUGUCUGUCUGUCUGUCUGUCUGUCUGUCUGUCUGUCUGUCUGUCUGUAUGUUCUUUAUAGAAACAAAAACUACUGGACGGAUUUUAAUGAAACUUGGUACAAAUAUUCUACAUACUCCUGGGCAGGUUAUAGUAUACUUUUCAUUACGCUAUGAUCAAUAGGAGCAGAGCAGUGAAGAGAAAUGUUGAGAAAACGGGAGAAGUUACUCAAUUUUUUAAGCUUCCGUCGCGUGUACAGCCUUAAUGGUUAAAGCUACAUGGAAAUCAUGUAUCACGGAAAUGUUCUCCUUAAAAUUAUCUAUAAAAAUAUAGAGGGGGGGGAAUAAAUAAAGAACUGCAACCUUGAUGAGUAGGGUAGGGGUAGGGUAGGGUAGGGUAGGGUAGGAGUAGUGUAGGAUAGGGGUAGGGUAGGGUAGGGGUAGGGUAGUGGUAGGGUAGGGGUAGGGUUGGGAUAGGGUAGAGUAGAGGUAGGGUAGGGUAGGAUAGGGGUAGUUGAAAGUUUACAACGACUUUCACGCGGACGAAGUCGCGGGCGUCCGCUAGUGUGUGAAUAAAUUACUAUUUUUAUUUCCACUUUGUGCCUAAUACUUACCUAUAUAAGUACGAUAAUGUAAAAAUCUGUAUACGUACAUAUAGUAAAACUGUAAAAUGUCAAAUUCUGUACAUUGAAGAUAUUUUGAAAAUUUUUGUUGGAGAGCAUUAUAUGUAUAAUCGAUACUGAAGCCAAAAAUAUAUAAUAAAUACUUUUUUUAUUUUUCGUCAUACUGGCUGACCGUGCUUUUUUUGACUAGGCAUCACGCUGAAACUACUGAAUAAAGUCAAAUGAAACUUGGCACGAUUACAGCCUUAAUAUGAAGUAGGUUAUAGGGUACUUUUUGUCGCGAAAAUUAAAUCAGAAAGGGAUGAAACAGGGUUUGAAAGUUGUAUAUUAGUUACAAAAUGCCCUCCAACAAAAAUUUUCAAAAUAUCCUCAAUGUACAAAAUUUUACCUGUUACGGUUUUAUUGUAAGUAUAGAUAGAUAAAAGAUAAUCAAGUUUCUUAGUGCCCGCGCAGACAAAAAGUAUACCGCCUUCUAAAUCUUGCGUUUCGUGUUAUCUGUAGUGAAUUUACCUACAUAGCACCGGGAAACUGUUGCUCUAAACACAGUCUAAAUAAUAUAUACGCAGAACUCAAAACGCUUUCCCGUUUCAGUCUGUGCGAGCCCUUAGAUUACACUAUUCUUAGGCCUAGGCCGCACUAUACGGUUAAACCGCUGUGAUUUUUAAUAGCGUGAAUUUGUGGCCCUACAAAACUAAUACUAACGGCCGCACCUGCUACUUUUUCCCGCGACUGAUUUUAAAACCAAGAUUUGUAAUCUAUAGAACUUAGUUGACACGCAUGUACUGGUGUUAAACGCGGGCGGUUUUUUGGUCAGAAUUCGGUGAAAUCAUACAUGUUGACAAUUAAUAAAUUUAACUUUUUUUUUUAUUCAAUGAAAAUUGCCGCCAGUUGUAGUUGUAGAAUAACGUAUUAUAUGUCGUUAUAAGUCGCUAGGUCAAGUAAGAAAUAUUAAAAUUAUCAUCAAUAUUAAAAUCAUCAAAAUCAUCAAUAUUAAAAUCAUCAAAAUCAUCAAUAUUGUCAUCAAUAUUAAAAUCAUCAAAAAUAUUAAAGAGUCAAAAAAUCCUUGACAAUACCCCUAAAAAAAUCCCAUUUCAUUUAUUUGCCCCCGAAAUCUGGGGAGAAAACCCCUGAGUUGGGAACCCUGUUUCGCGAUUUUUAACCAACCGUCUCAAGCGGUUUCGCGGUUGUAGCGAUUAAUCGCUUGCUGAAAAAAAUCGUAGUGCGGCCUCAGCCUUAAUUGUAAUUACUUACUCAUACCUAAUAUUUUAAUUAUGCAUUUACUUAAGUAUAUAAGUACCAAUACUUUUAUACAAAUGUACAGAACGAAAUACAUAAUAUAACUUUGAUUUGGUUAGAGUGAGAUAAUAUACGAGUAUGAUAUUAUAUAUGUUUAUGUUAUUUAUGUUUCUGCUUUUCUAAGAAUUGUAAGAUGGCCUGCCUUCUGACAACUAUGACUUGUAAAUUGUAAAUAUAGAUUUUGUUAACUUUU